UGCGUGUGAUUUAUUACUAUUUUAAGGUUUUGUUUUCUGUGAAAUAUCAUCCUUGUCUGGAGUCACUUUCGACUAUCGAUUAAAGAUCUUCAGUCUUCCACACCUACAGAGAUGUCAGCGAUUAGUCCAGUUGAUCCGGUGAUCCGGAUUCUUCUGAUGGGCAGAUAUGGUUCUGGGCAAAGCUCAUCAGGAAACACCAUACUGGGAGAAAAAGUGUUUCAAGUGAAGAAACACGAGACUGAAGUGUGUGAGGGUACGACGCAGAUCGGUGGAAAGCAUAUACAAGUAAUUAAUUCUCCAGAUCUGCUGGAUCCAGAUCUGAAUACAGAGCAGCUGAUGGUGAUGAAGGAGAAGCUGGUCUCUCGAUGUUCAGCGGGUCUCAGUGCAGUUCUGCUUACCGUUUCUCUAGAGGAACCUUUGGAAAAUGAGGAAGAGACCCUGGAUUAUACCCUGAGUUUAUUUGGUCCUGACGUUCAGAAAUACAUCAUGAUUCUGUUCACACAUGUAGAUGAACUGGAGGAGCUGGAUCAGACCAUUGAUGGAUAUCUACGGAAGGAAAGCAAUGCAGAUGUCCAGAAACUGGUGGAUGAAUGCAGAGGAAACUUUCACUGUUUUAAUAAUAAGAGUAAAUCAAACUAUCAAGUAGAAGAACUAAUGCAGAAGAUCGAAACAAAGCUGAAGAAAAAUGGGGGGAAUUUUUUUAUUGAACGAAUGAGGAGGAGUGACAGCAAACGAGAUCCCCCUGUCAUGUUUUCAGGAGAGUCUUCAUCAACAGAUCUAGAUGAUAUUGGUGUGAUUCCGUUAAAAAAAGACCAGAUCAGACUGGUUCUUCUGGGAAAAACCGGAUGUGGGAAAAGUGCUACUGCAAACACUAUCAUCGGAAGAAACAUGUUUACAUUUUCAGCUAGCUCAAAAUCUCAGACCAAACAGUGUCAGUCAGAGACUAGAGUGAGGUUUGGUAAAAAGAUCACAGUGAUCGACACGCCUGGAUUUUAUGAUACUGAACUCAGUAAAGAACAGGUUCAAAGAGAAAUAGUGAAAUGUGUAGCAUUAUCCUCUCCUGGACCACAUGCUUUUAUUAUCAUCAUUAGAGUGGGUCGAUUCACCGAGGAGGAGAAAAAUACAGUGCAAAAUCUCAAAGAAGUGUUUGGAGAACAGAUGCUAAAAUACACCAUGAUCAUCUUUACCCACAAAGAUCAAUUAAAAGAGGAGAAGAAAACCAUUGAGCAGUAUCUGCAGGAUUGCGAUCCAGAUCUCGGAAAACUCGUAAGAAGUUGUGGAAGUCGAUUCUUCUGUCUGGACAACAAGUCUGCCAGUUUCCCACAGUUCAAAGAUCUGAUCAGUAGAGUCGAGAGGAUGGUGGCAGAAAACGGAGGGACUCACUUCACCAAUGAACUCGUUGAGAGAACAGAGAGAUGCAUUCAGGAGAUUCAGAAACAGAAACGGCGCGAGAAGGAAAAGCAGUAUAAACAGACUCACAGACGGCUCCAUAAAGCAGAAUGGAAGAAAAUAUGCUUUAGUUUAGCUGAGGAGUCACGGUGGGAAGCGCAGCGAUCAUUUUCUGAUAUAAACUUGCACCUCCUGGGAAAGGGUGUAAAACUGACGGGCGAGGAGGGAGCGAACGCCACCGAGGAGGCCGAGACCCGAGGAGUCCAUCACUUCAGAGCAGUUAUACAUGCACUCAGAAAGAUGUGCGCAAUUCAGUGAAAAAACACAAUUAUCAGACGCUAAGAGAGUCAAUCCAUCUCAAGUUGUGCAGUGAAAGGUACUUGACAGUGUAAGCAGUUGUUUUCUUUUGAAAUGAAUUCUUCAAAAGGCAAGAACUUAGGAACUCUAGCAAAGACAGAUGCCACACAAUAAUGCCGUGAAGUUAAUCUGGGGAAGGUAUCUCCAAAACCAGAAAAAACACAUCUCCUUGCUCAUUUAUGACCACCUUCUCCCCUCUGCAUCCUCUUUCCCCCAAAAGGCUUCACUCAAAGUUCAUUAAGAGUCAUGUAAUCUUGUGAACCUGUUGUUUUCACUUCAGUUUUGGUACGGUUUUAAGGGUCUCUGUGUGAUUGGUGUCAAUUUCAGAGUAGUGAAAAACUGUCACGUCUUUGGAUCCUCAUUGUAUCAUUGUGUUCAGGUGUGUUUGAGUUUUGUAAAUUAGGUUGUGUAUUUAAUUCAGUUUGUCCGACUUGGUCUUUAAUUUGUGUGGUUUUUGUUCUGUCUGCUUGCCUCUAUAAUAUUAUUUUGUUCACUUGAAGAGGAUUAAAUACUGUUUAAAAGAUU